GGCACCCGGGGGAGAAACCUGUAGAAUAUGAAGAGGCAGGGGGCGUCCUCCGAGCGGAAACCAGCGUGGAUAGCGUCGGGGAAGGCGGGAGCAACAAAUGGAUUUCUCAUGGAAGURUGUGUUGAUUCAGUAGAGUCAGCUGUGAAUGCAGAAAGAGGAGGUGCUGGUCGGAUUGAAUUAUGUUCUGGUUUAUUGGAGGGUGGAACCACACCCAGCAUGGGUGUCCUUCAAGUAGUGAAACAGAGUGUCCAGAUCCCAGUUUUUGUGAUGAUUCGACCACGAGGAGGUGAUUUUUUAUAUUCAGAUCGUGAAAUUGAGGUGAUGAAGGCUGACAUUCGACUUGCCAAGCUUUAUGGUGCUGAUGGUUUGGUAUUUGGGGCAUUGACUGAAGAUGGACACAUUGACAAAGAGUUGUGCAUGUCCCUUGUGGCUAUUUGCCGUCCUCUGCCAGUUACUUUCCACCGAGCCUUUGACAUGGUUCAUGAUCCAAUGGCAGCUCUAGAGACUCUCUUAUCCUUGGGAUUUGAACGAGUACUGACCAGUGGAUGUGACAGUUCAGCAUUAGAAGGGUUACCUCUAAUWAAGCGACUCAUAGAUCAGGCAAAAGGCAGGAUUGUGGUAAUGCCAGGAGGUGGCAUAACAGACAGAAAUCUACAAAGGAUCCUUGAGGGUUCUGGUGCUACAGAAUUCCACUGUUCUGCUCGGACUUCCAGAGACUCAGGAAUGAGAAAUUCCUCUGUUGCCAUGGGAGCCUCACUUUCUAAUUCAGAAUAUUCUCUAAAGGUAACAGAUGUGACCAAAGUAAGGACUUUGAAUGCUAUUGCAAAAAAUAUCCUAGUUUAGCCAGACCUCUCCAUGAGACAUGGAUAUUGCAGUAUGAAGAAAUAAGAAUAAUCUACGAUUCUCUGAGACAAAGUUUUAACCUCCUUUGGCUAGGACAGUUAGUCAAGUUUCAUGAAGUAUGCUUCCAAGAAGAAAAAGAAAUUGAAACAGAUACAGUCACUUCCUUUGCUUAGUCUUUCCAGCCUUUGCCAUCAUUAUGAUUAAAUCUGUUCUGUACUACAUCUACAGAGAGGCUUAGUCUAUCCUCAAUGGAACUAGUUGAUGAACUGAGAAAAUUCAUCUGCAAGAUAUGAAUUCAACGUGGCUUCAGGGUUAAUUCGAUAGUUGUAGUAUUUUGCCUUUUCAUUUAUAAAAUUAAAAAAUUUCAUUCUAUUAUGAUAUCACUCUCUUAUUCUUAAAUUUAAUACAAUUUGUACCAAAUGUGAAAGGGAAGAUAGUGUUUCAUUUUACUUUUUCUGUCAUUCUCUCUUUUUAUUUUGUGCUCACUGGAGAUGUUGCCUUGGAGCAAGAAGAUAAGGGUGCAAAGUGAAAUGGACAGUAUAAAAAUUCCAAGACUUGGGAAAUAGGUAUAAAAGACACUGGGCUCAGUAUUAUAUAUACAUACAAAUAUAUAGUUGGACUUCAUUGUGUGAUUCCCAGAGACAAAAGCAGGCCUUGUCAUCUUUAUUUUAUUUAUACAGAUUAGUGAAGGUGAUGUGAGUUGCUCAAGUUUAACAAUGAAUUAAUGUUUCUUGUGAGGCAUGAACAUUAGGCUCCUAACUUUCCAAGAUUUCGGCUUUUAAGCUGCUUCUGGUAUGUGAAUAUGGUACAAAGAGCAAUACUUCUAGGCAAUACUCCUGGGAUCGUAUCCUAGCUCCUAGUUUAACCAUGAGAAAGUUACUUAAUUUUUGAACUUUGCCUCACUUUAAAAUUUAGGAUUAAUAACUAAAACAUAUUUUCUCAUUAAAUGACAUGCUAAAGUUUGAGGCACACAGAAAGUACUUGUUAAAUAUUAAUUAUUUUUCUCCUAAAGUAGCUUUCUAGGAAUAGACUUUGAGAGCUUAAAACCAGUUACCCAGUAUUGAAACCAGCACUAACUUUGUGCCCUUAACUAUGAAUAUAAAACAAGAAGCAGAAUAAGGUAAUCUCUAUCUAUAUUUUUCAUUUCUUUCUUUUUUUCCCCCAAUACUGGGGAAUAAGCCAAGGGAUGCUUUACCA